UAGAGACUUCCGGUUCCCUUCGGGUUCCCGGCCGCCGUCGCCAUGGAGGAACCCGAGAUGCAGCUCAAGGGGAAGAAAGUUAUGGGCAUUUACUGAUGUGACGUUUGGAAAGCAUUGGAAGAUCGCCUGGGGCAUGUGCUUGGGAUGAAACUCAGAGAAUCACACGUGCUAGGCAAGUGUUCUACCGGAGUUAUACUCCCACCCUCACCAGUGACGGACAAGUUCACCGAGAGUGUUUACGUCCUGGCCAACGAGCCGUCCGUGGCGCUGUACCGGCUGCAGGAGCACGUGCGCCGCUCCCUGCCCGAGCUGGCCCAACACAAGGCUGACAUGCAGCGCUGGGAGGAGCAGAGCCAGGGCGCCAUCUACACCGUGGAGUACGCCUGCAGCGCCGUGAAGAACCUGGUGGACAGCAGCGCGCACUUCCGCAGCGUGGAGGGGCUGCUCAAGCAGGCCACCAACAUCCGGGGCCACAUGAACGCUGCCGCGCAGGGCCACAGGUGUGUGUUGUAGUUGGAAUCUUCCCCCGGAAAGUGGCGGCUCCCACAGUACGCAGCCCACGUCCCCACCAGCACUAGGAAGGACACCUGUGUGGCAGCUCAGUGCGAGACGCUGGACUCGUCCAAGCCAGUUUAGCUACAGCUUCAGUGAGUGUGUGGCCUCCUCUCCCAGGCAGCGGGGAGCCCGGCAACGGUAGCUGUUUUGUCCUGGGUGUUCCCAGCGGCUAUCAGUGUUCAUUCAAAAGCAGCGCCUGGUUUCCAGGGUACUUCCCAGCACCCUGUUCCCACCACCAGGACUCCCUACAUGGGCCCUGCACCCCUUUCCUUAAGACACUGUAUGGCCCAGACUGGCCUCGAAGUGAUCCUCCUGCCUCAGCCUCCCCACUGGGGUUGUAGGAGGUCUGUGGGCCAUGGUGUGGGAGCAGAGUGGAACUCCUGAGGGGUAAUUUGAUCGCUUGGGAGCACAUCCCCGGCUCCCAAGUACCAUUUUCGUGGAUGUUCUGAAGGCUGAGUGGCCUUCGGAGGGGACCCGGAUGUGACCCCCAUCCACAU